AUGAAAAAUUCAAGAGCAAAAGCAUCAACUCACUUUGUAUCACUAUUAGAUAGAUUUCGCAAUCUUUCCCACUUUGAGAUCCAAAAGCAUUUCCAUUUUUCGUCACAAAGAUUCAAGCUUUACCAACAGUUUUAGUGUAAAUUUCCCUUCUUUUCUUGUUUCAUCACAAUACGAAAUCCAUUGUGUUCAUCGCCUUCUUGAGAUUCACUAAGUUAUUGUUUCUCUGGAAAACAAGAACCCUGAUCUUUAAUCUCUCCUUUUCCAGCUUACAUAAUUUAGACCCCAUCUCCAACAUCAUUUGGUUCUGUUCUGUCUAGUUUUAGUCUUUAUUCUCUGUUAAAUCCAAAAGUUUUUUUGCGUUAGCCUCUAAAGAGUUUAACUUGCCCGCUUCAGCUUCUUUUGUCUCUGUAUUGGGUAUUUGAAUUCCUUAGGGUUUUGAUCUCAGCAUUUACAGGGGCGGUUGGUCUUGGUUAGGUCAUUUUGUCAUCUGGGUACUUUUGAUUUUGGGGGAUUUGGGUUGGGUUUUGGUGGGUUUUCUCUGAUCUUUGUGAUCUGGGUUUUGGGUGUUCUACCAAGCUGGUUUCUUCUUCAAUUUUGGGAUUGUUAGAUGCUCUUGGUAAUAUAUUGGCCUCAGCGAGUUUGAAUCUAAGAUGCAGCCUGAUCAGCGAAGAAAGUCAUCUGUAGAUGUAGACUUUUUCACCGAGUAUGGUGAGGGGAGCAGGUACAGAAUAGAGGAAGUAAUUGGUAAAGGAAGCUAUGGUGUUGUUUGCUCUGCAUAUGACACACAUACUGGAGAAAAAGUUGCAAUUAAGAAAAUCAAUGAUAUCUUUGAACAUGUAUCUGAUGCUACACGUAUACUACGUGAGAUCAAACUUCUUAGAAUCUUGCGCCAUCCCGAUAUUGUUGAGAUCAAGCACAUUUUGCUGCCCCCAUCCAGGAGAGAAUUCAAAGACAUAUAUGUGGUUUUUGAACUUAUGGAAUCUGAUUUACACCAGGUUAUUAAGGCAAAUGAUGAUUUGACUCCAGAACAUUACCAGUUUUUUCUUUAUCAGCUUCUACGAGGCCUGAAAUACAUACAUACAGCAAAUGUCUUUCACCGAGAUCUAAAACCCAAAAAUAUAUUAGCAAAUGCUGAUUGCAAACUCAAGAUAUGUGACUUUGGUCUUGCUAGAGUAGCUUUUAAUGACACACCGACUGCCAUAUUCUGGACCGACUAUGUUGCAACAAGAUGGUAUCGGGCACCUGAAUUAUGUGGAUCCUUUUUCUCAAAGUAUACUCCAGCAAUAGAUAUAUGGAGCAUUGGGUGCAUCUUUGCAGAACUUUUAACUGGGAAGCCUCUUUUCCCUGGAAAAAAUGUUGUUCAUCAAUUGGAUCUGAUGACUGAUCUACUGGGAACACCAUCUGCCGAAGCCAUUGCCCGGGUAAGAAAUGAGAAAGCUCGGAGAUACUUAAGUAGCAUGAGAAAGAAGAAGCCCAUUCUGUUCUCCCAGAAGUUCCCCAAUGCAGAUCCUCUUGCACUGUGUUUGUUAGAAAGAAUGUUGGCAUUCGAAGCCAAGGAUCGACCUAGUGCUGAAGAGGCCCUGGCUGAUCCAUAUUUUAAGGGCUUGGCCAAGGUUGAAAGAGAGCCUUCAGCCCAACCAGUUACGAAGAUGGAAUUUGAAUUUGAAAGACGGAGGAUAACCAAAGAAGAUGUUCGCGAACUUAUAUACCGCGAGAUACUUGAGUACCAUCCUAAGAUGUUGAAAGAGUACUUAGAAGGUUCAGAGCCAACAAGCUUCAUGUAUCCAAGUGCUGUUGACCAUUUCAAGAAGCAAUUUGCCUAUCUUGAGGAAAACUAUAGAAAUGGCACUGCUGUUUCCCCGCCUGAGAGACAGCAUGCAUCGUUACCCAGGCCAUCUGUGUUAUAUUCUGAUAACAAGGCACAAAAUUCAGCGGAUGUGACAGAAGAUCUUUCUAAAUGUUGCAUUAACGAGGUUGAGAAACCUCAGGUGGACAGGAAUGCUGGAAUCCCUAUGACAAGGCUACCUCUUCAAGUUCCUCAAAGCAUCCAAGCUUCUGGCGCCAGACCAGGGAAGGUAGUUAGUUCAGUAUUGCGGUACAACAAUUGUGGGGCAGCAGCAGCAGCUGAGGCUCUGGAACAGCGAAGAAUGGUUCGCAACCCAGGUUCAACUCAAUAUACUGCAACAAGUGGUUCAUAUCCAAGAAGAAACUCUAUCUGUAAAACUGAUAGGGGAGAAGAUGAAGUUGUUGAAGGUUCCAAUGGUUUGCAGCCAAAGCCCCAGUACAUGGCAAGGAAAGUUGCUGCUGCUCAAAGUGGAUCCGGAGGCCACUGGUAGUAAUCUAAUGUUGGUUUUGUUUGGUUCCAUAAUCUGCAGUCUUUAUCUGACUUAAUUGUUUGAAAGAAAGAACUCGGUGUACUGCAAACUGCAACUUAGUUCAUGUCCAUUCAUUUGCCCGCAAUUAGAGUCAUCCAAUACAGGUCAUACAGAGUCUCUUGGGUGGACAAAUGAAUGACGCGACAAAGUUAGCUACAAGUUGUAAUUUAUAUUUAUAUAAUCACUAAUUUGAAAGUGUAGGUUUAGAUGGUGAUUCCCAUGCUUCACUUCGUCGGUCUGUGAUACAGAUUGAUCAGGUAUGAGGGUGAGGAAAAGGAAUUCCUUUACUGGAUGUAUGAAAAGCUCAUCCCUUUCUUGGUUCUCAUUCUCUUGUAAGUCAUAUAGUUUCACCCGUUUUACCCAUGCUGAGUUAGAUCUGUGAAAACUGUUUGUAUUGAUUCUGUUCUUUUGUACCUUAAUAAGGAUGGCUAUUUGUUUCUCUUCACUCGUGCUGUAUCUAAAUUAGA